AUGGGGCAGGUCGGUUGGAAGGGUCUGUGUCUGUCGCUUUUUGAUUAUAAAACCGAAAAAUAUGUCAUUGCGAAGAACAAGAAGGUGGGAAUUCUCUAUCGAGUGGUGCAGCUGUCCAUCCUGGCUUAUCUGGUGGGGUGGGUAUUUGUCGUCAAGAAAGGCUACCAGGACUCGGACACCUCCAUCCAGAGCUCUGUCAUCACCAAGCUGAAGGGUGUGGCUUUCACCAACACCUCGGAGCUGGGAGAGAGGCUGUGGGAUGUCGCCGACUACGUCAUUCCCCCACAGGGUGAAAACAUUUUCUUCGUUAUGACAAAUCUGAUUGUGACCCCAAACCAAAGGCAGGACACGUGCCCUGAGAGUACUGGCAUUCGAGACGCACUGUGCAGCAAGAACAGGGACUGCCCUGCGGGGGAAGCUGUGAUAGCUGGCAAUGGGGUCAAGACUGGCCGCUGUUUGAAAGUCGGGAGCAACACCAAUGGGACGUGUGAAAUAUUAGCGUGGUGUCCGGUGGAGAAAAAGUCCAAGCCCAAGAAACCGCUUUUAGCGACUGCAGAAAACUUCACCGUUUAUAUCAAAAACUCGAUCCGCUUCCCUAAGUUUAAAUUCUCCAAGACUAAUGUGCUAAACACUGAUAAUGACUCCUACCUGAAACACUGCCACUACAGUUCACAGCACCUUUACUGCCCCAUAUUCCACCUGGGCAAACUCGUGAGCUGGGCUGGGAACAACUUUCAGGACAUGGCAUCUGAGGGUGGUGUGAUAGGAAUUCAGAUUGAAUGGGACUGUGAUCUUGAUAAAGCUGCUUCUGAAUGCAACCCUCACUAUUCUUUUAGCCGUCUGGAUAACAAGUUUGCAGAAAAAUCCAUCUCCUCUGGAUACAACUUCAGAUUUGCCAAAUAUUACAGGGAUGCUGAAGGAGUUGAGUACAGGACACUGAUAAAGGCCUACGGAAUACGCUUUGAUGUGAUGGUGAAUGGCAAGGCAGGUAAAUUUAACAUCAUUCCAACGAUAAUCAACGUGGGCUCAGGACUCGCGCUUAUGGGUGCAGGGGCUUUCUUCUGUGACGUGGUGCUACUGUAUCUGAUGAAAAAGAGCAACUUCUAUCGAGGCAAAAAAUAUGAGGAAGUGAAGUCCAGUUCAAGAAAGUCUUUACCAGGUGGGAAUGGGAACCAGAACUCAGAAUCGCUGGCUACAUUAGAGCAGCUGAGACAACUACAGACAGUUGAGACCUAA